UACCUGCUGACUCUCUUGGAGAAUGCACUCAUCAUCUACCUCAUCUGCAGCCACAGUGAACUCCACAAGCCCAUGUACUUUUUCCUGGGCAACCUCAGCUGCCUGGAGAUGUGCUAUGUGUCGGUGACCAUGCCCAGCCUGCUGGUGGGACUGUGGACUGGACCCUACCAGGUGCCCUUCACAGCCUGCAUGACCCAAUUGUUCUUUUUUGUCUCUCUCAUCUGCACAGAGUGCACCCUCCUGGCCUCCAUGGCCUAUGACCGCUAUGUGGCCAUCUGCCGCCCUCUGCACUACCCACUGCUCAUGCGGCCCCAUGUCUGCCUGGGCUUAUCUUUGUCCUCAUGGUUUGGUGGGUUUAUUGUCUCAGCAGUAAAAACAAAAUGCAUUGCCAGCCUGUCCUACUGUGGCCCCAAUGUCCUCAACCAAUUUUUCUGUGACGUCUCCCCUCUGCUCAACCUGUCCUGCACCCAUGUGGCCCUCACAGAGCUGGUGGACUUCAUCUCUGCCAUCGUCAUCUUCUGUGGAACUCUGCUAGUCUCCCUGGCCUCCUAUGCAGCUAUUGGGGCAACUGUGCUCCGCAUGCCCUCAGCGGCUGCCCGGCGCAAGGCUUUCUCCACCUGUGCCUCCCACCUGGUGGUGGUGGGCAUCUUCUACUCGGCAGCUCUCUUUAUCUACUGCCGGCCCAGCCGCAUCAAGUCCAUGGACCUCAACAAGGUGCUGUCAGUCAUCUACACGGUAGUCACACCCAUGUGCAACCCUGUCAUCUACUGCCUGCGUAACAAGGAGGUCCACGCAGUGCUGCGGAAGACCCUACCCUGGCUCUGAUCCUCAUCUUCCAA